UUGCUGCUGCUCUAGGCAGUGCUGGUAUUGCUGCUGCUGCUGCUCUAGGCAGUGCUGAUAUUGCUGCUGCUCUAGGCAGAGCUGGUAUUGCUGCUGGUGCUGUUUGCAGUGCUGGUAUUGCUGCUGUAGGCAGUGCUGCUGGUGCUGUUUGCAGUGCUGGUAUUUGCUGCUGGUGGUGGUGGCUCUGCUGGGUGCAGAGAUGGGCGAACGGAUGGCUCCACACAUCAUCCUGCUGACCUACGGAGACUUUAACCCAAUCACCAAAGGACACCUGGGCAUGUUCGAAGCGGCCCGCGCCCACCUGCACGCGAGUGGCGACUGCACGGUGAUCGGAGGCCUCAUCGCGCCCUGCCACGACUCGUGCAACAAGCACGCGCUGCUGCCAAGUCACCACCGGCUGACCAUGUGCCACCUGGCAGUGCGCUCCUCACCCUGGAUCCGAGUGGACCCCUGGGCCUGCCUGCAGGACAGCGCGCAGUCGGCACGGUCGGUCCUCGAGCAUCACCGCAACCUCCUCAAGCAAAUGAGCGGCUGCAUCUUCUGUGACGUGACCUCCCCCGUGGCGGCGGCAGCAGCGCCGGCGGCGAGCGCGCGCCAGGGGCAGGGAGACGCGGCUCCGCCGCAGGGCAGCGUGGGCCACCAGCCAGCGCCGCGUGGGCCCUCCCCACCCAGCCUGCCCGCUGGGAAACCCACCCCAGGGACAAUUCUCAACAAUCUGGGAGGAAACCUCACGGUGAUGUGCUGCUCACGCCCAGAGACGGACGCAUUCAGCUUCAUCGACGAGAACGCCAACAUGGGGAAUGUGCUGCGUUACGAAGAGAUCGACAUGAGAGUCAAGCUGCUGUGUGGCAGUGACCUGCUGGAGUCCUUCUGCAUCCCCAACCUCUGGAGCGAGAAGGAUCUGAAGAGCAUCCUGGGAGACUUUGGGUUGGUGUGCGUGCCGCGUGAAGGUCACGACCCCUCGCGCAUCAUCGCGCAGUCUCCGCUGCUCAGCAAGUACAGGAUAUUCGUCGCCCACGUUGGCUGCAAGCGGGAAUCGGACUCGGGUCGCCGGCACAAUAUCAUCACUGUCACGACCGGCAAGAGCACAGCAACCUCUGCCAUCAGCUCCACAGAAAGCAGGCUGGCGCUGGCGAGGGGCGACGCCGACGUCUCUCGGCUCCUGAGCCAAGCGGUCAUCGACUACAUCCUCCAGAAUCGCCUCUACAUCGCGGAGACCGGCACCGGCGGCACCGUCAACACCGGCACUACCGCCGGCCCCGCCGCCGGCACCGCCGCCACCAUCAGAACCGCAACCGCCUAAAGAAGUAGCAACGCGCCAUCGUGCAGGCAACGCAGGCCCCCCCGGUCACGACGGUAGCUUCACUGCCACUGGCGUUAGCCGGCACCCGUUAUUCUAAACCCGGCGCAGAGUGGGGAACAGAAGCUUAAACAAGUUAGGAAGGGAAUAAAUCACACGGACGCGUGGAUUCUGUGACACCCCCGCAGCACGCGAUCGGUUGUCCUGUGCAGCGUUGAUUUGGCGUAAGGAAAGGCGAGGGGUGGGGAAAGCAGCGGUCGAGGUAUAUUGAGAGUCGUGCUUUGCUCUCGUCUCCGUCUCCAGGUCCUCGGGCAAUAACCCCAUCGGAUCAAUGUGUACGGUUUUCUCCGGGAGGGGGGGGGGGGGCGAGGCCCCAGUAGCAAUGCAACUUCACACUAAAGAUUUGUUCGGAUCAGAUCAUCUCUACAGGAGUCAUUGUGACCCCCCCCCCCCAUCCCCACACCGUUAUAGACAGACACACGGACACACGGACGGGACAGAGCUGACGCAUAAACACUUUCACAUCCCUAAGCGCGAUUAGAGUGAUGUGAUGGUACAUGAGACGGAAUUCGUGAUGACAUUUAAACCUACCGAAUUUUGAUUUGAAGCUUUCGUGACUGCAGGAAUCCAUCCUCUUUGGCUCUUUCGGUAAAGUCACGUGGAUAGAAAAAAUAAUAGAUGACGGCGUUUCGAUCGCAACACAAGCACCCGUCUUCAGGUGAAAAGAGGGGGAAUCUGCUGAGGCAGGCUGUUGAUAAAGGUUUAGAGAUGGGCAGGGCAGCUAACGUUAAUGUAGGAGCGAGCUUACAUUGACGCUUACAUUGACACUUACAUUGACACUUACAUUGACACUUACAUUGACACUUACAUUGACACUUACGUUGACACUUAUAUUGACACUUAUAUUGAC